CACUUAUCCUUCAACAGCUGACAUGCUGUUACACUUUGGUUUUAGCUCAAUUUAAUUGUUUUGAUUUGUUGAAUUUAUUCUGUAUUAAUUAUUUUACUUUAUAUUAAUUUGUACCUCAAUUGAUGUAUGUUUGUUUGGAUCAGGUGAAAAAUUUGGUGUUACAUUAAUUUGCUUUUUUUUCUCCCGCAAAAAUCAUCUCAACCUAUCUUCUUUGCUAACUAUUCUGCUUGCUCUGUUGCCGAUAGGUUGCUGUUAAUAAUUAAUUUUGGUGUUAAUCAUGGCUAAAAAUUUCAGUGCUUUGGCUCAUCUAACUCACUAUGAUGAUUCAGACGCUGAACCAGAUGUUGAAGAAUCGCCAAUUAACGAUAACAGAAACUCUGAAGGAGAUUUUAUCAAUGAAGGCAAUUCACUCCUAUGUACAAUUGGAGCCAAGUGGGAUAGAUGAUCGUGUUGAGGAAUCUCCAGAACAUCUAGAGAAACAGAAAGAACCUUUUAGGCCGAUAUCACCAACAACUUUUCACUUAGGUCUUCAAGGUAAAUCAUCCGAUGAAAUUGAAAUACCUCCACCCCCGCCAGGUCAACCGCCUAUAGAUUUAGUUAAAAAAAUUAAUAAUUUACACGAAAAAAUGAAACAAGGAAUUGAUAUGAAAGGUUCCAUUGAGAGUCGAAAAGACUUUAGGAAUCCAAGUAUCUAUGAGAAGUUAAUAGUUUUCUGUGAUAUUGAUGAACUCGGUACAAAUUAUCCUAAAGACAUUUAUGAUCCUCACUGUUGGGGUCCCGAAGCCUAUUAUGACGAAUUAGCGCGAAAACAAAAAGAAGAAAUGGAUAAAAAGGAAAAGGAACGCAAAGAUAGGACAAAGGUAGAGUUUGUAACUGGAACUGCCAAAAGGACUCAUGGUGAAAAUGAAACAAGAAAAAAAUCAAAAUGGGACGUUUCCUCUUCAUCGACUUCAUCCUCAUCGACAUUAACUACAAUACCGCCAGCACCAAAAACAUUAACAUCCAAAGUAGGCGCUCUUAUUCCUGGAUUGAAUAACAGACCGUCUCUAGUCGGAAGUAAUUUAAAUACCUCUGUGCCUGUUGUACCAUCAACCGUUGGAAUCGUCAAACCGCCAGUUCAUAAUAUUAAGGUUCAUCAUAUUGCUCUUUCACUCUUUCAAAUUAACCAACUUUCGUUUAAAUUACAGAAGAAAAUUCCAUUUACUUUUUUCUCAGUUUGUAUUUUUCUUCCACGCUGUGUGACCGUGAACAAUCAUUUUGCAUCACCCAAAAGGUAAUCUUGAUUACAAUAGCUUAAAACAAUGAUUCCAAGCAUCUACGGCGAUUACACAAAAAGGACAGUCCAGACCUGAGUCAUUGGCAUAUCUAAAUAGUUAAAAUUUUAAGCUCAGUGAGUAAAAAGCCAUAAACCUUUGACUUUUUUUGAUGUGGCUCUCUGACUUCAACUACUAGGCUACUAAAGUUGGCCAUUUUCUAUAAUUGGUCCAAUUUUCCCAAUCUUAAGUUGAAUUAUUGAAUCAAUCACAAUCAAUCGCAACUAAACUCGUUACUGUUGCAUCAUUGAAAAUAGUUUUAGCCUCACCUCCUUAAAAGUGACGUCAAAUUUAAAGCUUGAGUUGAAAUGAAACUGUAAGCCAAUGUGUGCCAAUUGUAUCUAUUAUUUUUUUUAAUAUCAAUGUAAUAAUUGUGUCAACUAAACAACCAUGGUUUAUAUCAAUUCAAGAGGCGAAAUCGUCGAUAAACCAGAAGUCAAUUGGAGGGAUCCUGUCGCUCUAAUUUUUGGCCUCUUCUACUUCAUUCUUGGCUUCUUCAAAAGUCUAUUACCAAUUGAAGGCCCUCCUAAAAAUGGAAAGUCUAAAAGUAAUAUCAGGGGAUUUUCUGGUCCAGGAAGUGGUCCACCACCACCUCCUGCUCGAGGUGGAUGAGGUUAAAGAACGAUUUUCCAGUUUUAAUGGAAAAUCAUUCUAAUAACGUGGUUGAUUCUGGCUUUACAUAAUAUGUAACUUUAUGAUGAUCGAUUCUUUAAAUGAGAAAUCACGGGAAUCGACUGAUGCGUCGGAGUUAACCUCGUUUCUCUCCCCUUACCCUUUCCAUAAUUUUUAAUAAAUAUUCAAUGCAAGCAAA